AUGCAGAGCACCUGCCACGCCCGCGCCGCCCUCACAUGGAGACCGGCGGUCUUCCACGCGGCCACGCUCAGCUCCAGAGCGACCAGCACAGCUUCGCUCGGCGGGUACACGCUCGCCUUGCUCGCGGCCCAGCGCUCGAACCGCUCCCAGUCGAGCACGUCGACAAGAACAGACGCCGCUGCCCCAGCCCUGUCCACGAUGGCCGCGAGCCGGGCGGGCCGGCGGGUCCACCGCGACCUCAAGCCGCAGAACCUCCUCGUCCACCCGGUGCACGGCCUCAAGAUCUGUGACUUCGGCCUCGCGCGCGCCGUGUCGACGCCCAGCAGGGCAUACACCCCAGAGGUCAUCACCCUGUGGUACCGCUGCCUGGAGCUGCUCCUCGGGCGCCACACCUACGGGGCUGAGGUGGACAUUUGGUCCGCCGGGUGCAUCGUCGCCGAGAUGGCCGCCGGGCACGCGAUCUUCCCCGGGGACUGCGAGAUCGGCACCUGCUUCAAGAUCAUGCAGCUGUUGGGCUCUCCCACGGAGGCGACCUGGCCCGGCUUCGAGCAGAUGCUCCCGCACUGGAGCAAGAGCUUCCCGACGUGGCCGGCGUCCGACAUGAGGGUGAUCAGGGAUGCGCGCCCAGAAUUCGGCGAGGCUGGGAUCGACCUCCUCCGCAGCCUGCUGUCCCUGAACCCGGCCUCGCGCCCCACCGCCCGCCGGGCACGGGCCCACGCCCUCUUCUCCCAGCCCGGCCCCGCCGCGUAGCGCCGGGGUGGCGGGGGAAGACAGCGGGACGGCUCCCGCGGCGGCAGGGGGAGAGGGGAGAAUCGGGAAUGCCUCUCCCGUAGCUGCAGCUGCAGUUCCGCCUGACGGUCCGUCGAAGCGAAGCCUCCACAGGGAGGCCUUCGGCUCCACAGGGAGGCCUUCGGCGCAUCUCCUGGGAGGGUCGAGCCCAGCACCGGGCGCCCGGUGCCUGCACACUGGCCCCAUCCCUCGGCUCAGUGCGGUUUGCGUGCUGGGGAGAUGUAGUAUUCAACCGCUCCUCUGCAAGGACCUCCCAGGAGGUGCCCCCCCUCAGGUUUAAUGCGGCGGUCGGGGGCUGCUGGCCUGCUGCAGUUGGCAGCCGCGCCCGGCUCCGGGCGCUCGCCGCGCCUGCGUGGGAAGCGUCGAGCUUCGAGCUUCGAUACCGGAGGGGGACAUCGUCGUCGUCGUCGGGAGCCUUGAGACGGGGGGUCACCCCCUCUUGGUGGAUCCCGACACUACCUUUCCCGGUCUGAGCUCCGCGGGACGCGAGCCGUCUGGGGUUUGCGACCUGGCCAGCUUGCGCUUGCACUCCCACCACCUCUUCCUCCUCACUCCCCCCCCCGUACGUUUGCAGUGCAUUGCGACGCCAGCAAGAACCCUGGCAGUGCAAGCGCUGCUCUGAAAAUGAUGCCCGCCAUCUUGGCGUCGCCACCGUGUCUCGUAUUUGCAUGGCACGACGUUGUGCGUUGUGCUCGUGUAGCCCCUUUCGCGUGCACGCCGAAGUCCGUGCGCAGUUCCCCGUCGCGCAGAGGCAUGUGCUCGAGCCCCUGCCCCUCCUCUCCGUCCGUC